AUGCCUCUUGUACUACCCAACCAAAACCCCGACGCUUCCACCAAGACGGAAGAGUGGCAGAAUAAGCUAGUCGGCAAGACUAUCAACGAGACGGCAACAAAUGAGACGGAAACGCGCAUUAUUGAGCCUGGCACCAUGGUGACGAAAGAUUUCAGAGAGAAUCGGCUAAACGUGCACGUGGAAAAGGAUGGCGUCGUGACGCACGUCUACCAUGGUUGA